AUGGCGUCGAAACUGACGACUUCUUCUUUUCUAGUCAUUGUCCUUUUUGUCGUUUUUAUAUUGCCACGUAUCGAAGGACUACGCCCUCGAGGAAUCGGAUUGAUACGACUUCCAUUCGGUGUAUCCGAUCAUCGUUCUGGUCCUUAUCUUCCGAAUCUGUACAUUGCUGGAAACAAACUCUACCAUAAAACUCAACCAGUUCCCGAUGUUUCACUUCCGGGACAAGAGAAACAUUUCUCCGGACAUGCUCAGUUGAAUCCAUUUACCCAUAUGGUUGCAGUAGGAACCAAUAAUGAUUUCGGUGAUUCUUGGGGAGCUGGAUACGCUCUUCAGGGUGUCAAUUUUCUCGACUUGAAUCUGAGGAAGAACUAUCGACAGUAUGCGAAUAUGCCACAUUUGUUCACAGAUGGUCAGCAUCAGCCGUUUCAGAACUCUUUUAUCGUAGGCGCUGAAAUUGAUUCAUCUAAAUUCACGAGUCAUGCUGUUGCUUUAGAUAUUCCACUUCCAGGAAUCAAUGAGAUGUUCGAUUUUCAAGAAGAAACACUCGAAAAACACGACGAAGAGCUCACAGAUAUCUACCAUACUCGAAUGAACUUCCCGAUUCCUACAACAAAUCAACGAUUUCCAUUUAAAGCUCACUUCUUUGAACGAAUUAAUGAUAUCGAUCUCAAUAUGGCUCAUAUCAUUCCUAAUCUGAAUGUGCAUGGCAUUGAUCGGGAUAAGAUUGUCGAUCAAUUGGUUCAAAACAAAGCAAAUCCAACACUUGUCGGGUGA